ACUAAAGCAGACAGAUGUAGAGACAGAGAGAUUCACACAGAGGACAUUCAGCAUAAAGAAGACUGAACUCAACUCACAAUGAAGAUCCUCCUCAUCUUCUUCACUUUCUCCCUGAUCUCAGGUGCAGUGAGAUGUGUUACUGUCACUGGAUAUUCUGGAGGAAGCGUUCUUGUGGAUUCUGGGAAACUUUGGUUCAGUAACUCUGCUAAAUAUACGGCCAAAUUACCUGAGUGGAGAACAAUAAUAAAUGAUACAAAACAUGAUAAAUGGAUUAAUGAAGGGCGAUUCACACUGUUUAAAAACAAUGAGGGGAAACUCAUGAUCUACAUCAGAGAACUGAACCAACAUGAUGCUGGAAGAUACGCAAUUGAAGUCCUUCACAAGUGGCGUAUAUAUAUGACUUUGAAUGUGGAAGAAGAUUCAUGUUGUAAAAUAUCAAAGAGAGUGAUGGUGAAUAUUGGAGAAACUGCAUCCUUCAGCUGUGAAUAUUCACAGAAUUAUAUAAACUAUCCCAAGAUCAUAUUCAAAGAAGGAGAAGACUCUAUUGAGACGAUUUACAGCACCUUGAAGAAGACCGAAAGAUUCAGUGUUUCUGAUGACAAACAGAAAAAUAUAUUCAGUGUGAGAAUUACUGCAGUGACUCCAGAUGAUGGAGGAGUUUAUUUAUGUGGAGUUUGGAUCUACAGUCACUCGUACAGUUACUCCAUUAUUAAUACUGUUCAUCUGCAUGUUAUUGUGGCUCCAGUAGUGAAACAUGAAGGAGAAUCUGCUGAGAUCUUCUGCCCUUAUGAUUCAACCUAUAAAUCAAAGUCUCUCUGUAAGGGGAAGUGCUCCACUAGAGAUAGAAAUACUCUCAAUGAGACUGUGAGAGAAGAGAAAGACACCAAGACUGACAGAUUGACUCUGAAUGAAGACGUCACUGCAAGUGUCUUCACUGGGACCAUCACUGGACUGACAGCAGAGGAUGCUGGGAAAUACUGGUGUGCAGUGACAUUAGAGAGAGAUGUGAAUUAUCUUUACACUCAUCUGAUCGUCAUCAUGAACGAGGAGCUGAACUUGACUAAGUAUGAAGGAGACGACAUGUCAAUCCAGUGCAAACAUCAUGAUGAACUUCAGAAAUGCUUCUGCAAAGCACAUGAACCCUCUGUGUGUGUGAAGGAUGGAGUUUCAUUGGAGAAGAUCAGAGAUGAUCGAUUCUCUUUCAGUGAUGAAGCUUCUACUGGAGUCUUUACUGUAAACAUCACUGAUCUGAGAGAAGAGGAUUCUGGGAUAUACUGGUGUGGAGCUCACAUCACCACUAAAGUCAAUCUAGAAGUCAAGAAGAACUUUUCUGCCAGAAUCGUCAUCUCUUGUGUUUGUGUGUCUUUACUGCUGAUCGGAGCGUCAGUGCUGUUAUUAUACAAAUUAAGAUACAUCAAGACACGAGAUCAGCACUCUUCCACAGACGGGACAGAGAUGAGCAGUGCAAAGGCGCCUCAGGCUGCGUGUGACUAUGAGAAUAUCAGAGACGUCAGACAGCGUAUAGUCUCAGGAACUGGGGACGAUGUGUUAUAUUCCAACGCGAAACUUUCCACAGACUCUUCUGAUCUGAACCACACGCUAUAUUCCACCGUCCAGUUACCCACAAUCCCCUCUGAUGGGCUCCUGUACGCCUCUGUCCGUUUCCAGAAGCACAAAGAGUCUGUCAGUGACGCUAAAGUCACUUUCAAUAACGAGGAGAUUUACACCACGGUCAGUCCCCGCAUGAGACUCAACUAGUUCACUGAGAUUAUUACUGUACUGUGUUGCUCU